AUGGGUUUCAGCAAGCAUGAUACUGCGAGUGUGACUGUGCCUGUUCCAGAGGAUGAUCCUCUCAUGGCUGUUAUCCCUGUCGACGCUGCACCAUGGUAUAAGCAGCGCCAUCUCUUGCGUCUCAACUUCAUCAUAAUCUCGUUGGUGAUGUAUUCAUCUGCCAACGGAUACGAUGGAUCUUUGAUGAAUGGUCUGGAGGCCCUUGACCAAUGGAAAGGAUUCAUGGACAACCCAUCAGGUGCCUGGUUGGGUUGGAUCAAUGCCAUCUACUGGCUGGGCUGCGGUAUUGGCUACCCGUCUGCUUCAUGGAUUGCCAACAAGUACGGCCGUAAGCCCGGUGUGUAUGUGGGCUAUGGUCUACUGGCCCUGGGGGUUGCCCUACAAACCGCUGCCCCGAAUAGUGCGGCAUUUUUGAUGGCCAGAUUCUUCUUGGGAGGUGCUUCUGCUUUGUUCGGUAACUCGGUUCCUCUGCUCAUCAACGAGAUCGCCUACCCUACCCACCGUGGCAUCCUGAACUCCCUGUUCAUGUCAGGUUGGUACGUGGGUGGAACCGUGGCCGCCUUCGUGGUAUUCGCCUCUCGGACAUACGGCUCCUCCUGGGCCUGGCGACUGCCUUCCGUUCUCCAAGCUUUGGUCCCCCUGGUCGGACUGCCGGGCUUUCUCCUUGCACCAGAAAGCCCUAGGUGGCUCGUCUCAGUGGGACGAGAGAGCGAGGCCCGCGCCAUUCUCAUCAAGUACCAUGCCGAUGGUGAUUCCAACUCGCCGUUGGUCAACUACGAAUUUCUGGAGAUUACCUCCACCAUUCACGCAGAGCAAGCAGCCAACAGCAACGGCAGUUAUCUUGAGAUGAUCAAAACACCCGGCAACCGUCGCCGUCUCAUGAUCUCCAUCACUCUUGGACUCUUUGCUCAGUGGGUUGGAAACGGUGUCAUUUCCUACUAUCUCUCUUUAAUUCUGAACUCCGUUGGCGUCACCGAGGUCAAGGAUCAGACACUCAUCUCAGCUUGUCUCCAGGUGUGGGACCUGAUCUUCGCGGGUCUGGGUGCAAUCCUGAUUGAUCGACUGGGACGACGACCCCUUUUCAUGGCAUCGGCCUGCAUCAUGUUCGUGAGUUAUGUGCUCGUGACAGCUCUGUCGGGCGCAUACCAAGUGCACGGGAACCCCGCAACUGGAGCUGCAGUCAUCCCAUUCCUGUUUAUUUUCUUCGCUGGAUACUGCAUUGCGCUAACACCUUUUCUCACCUCAUACCCUUGCGAAAUCUGGCCCUUCCGUCUCAGAUCCCGAGGUCUGACUGUGACAUGGCUAGCCUCAAUUGUGGGCAUGUUCUUCAAUACCUUCGUCAAUCCCAUCGCACUGGACGCCAUCGCAUGGAAAUACUACUUUGUGUUCGUGGCUGUCUUGCUGGUAUUUGGCGCAACGGCCUUCUUCUAUUACCCGGAAACCAAAGGAUACUCUCUAGAGCAAAUUGCCGUUAUCUUUGACGGCGAGGAUGCUUUAGUAAGUCACCCAGCUGAUAUCGCCAGAGGUGUCAAGACUGAAGAGUCUGCGGCUGUCCAUGAAGAAUCGGUUUAA